CGCUUGCUUCUUUUCUUGGUAUAAGCUAGCCUAGCACCCACCCGAAAAGCCAGGACAGGACAGUCAGUAGCAAGCAGCCACCACCACCACGCACUCCAUCCAUCCCAUCAGAUCCAAUCCUCGGCCCGACCUUAAACUUGCGGCACGCACGCACACCUGCAAUCACUUGCGCCAACUUCUCCGCUCCCACGCAUCCGUCCGAUUCGCACCCAUCACAUCACACACGCAGCAGCGAUUCGCGCACACACCCCAUACAUCGCAUCGCAUCGCAUCGCGCGUCCAACGAAGAAAGUUGGUCUGUCUGUCUAUCACUCUGUACCUCCACAACGCAAACACUUUUUUGCUGUUUCGUCUUUGAAGUUGCCGCAACCUCCACAAUUAUCCCCAUUUCGCAUUUGAAUCAGUCCAAACAGGAUUUCAUCGCAGCACAUUGCCUCGCCAAACUGUGCACAACGUGGUCGGCCGUCAACUGUCGCCGUCCCCAUGUACCCUGCACAGCCCAACGGUGCUGAAGGUGCGACAAUCAAUCCCGCUGCUCUCAGCUCUUCCGAUUUGAACCGGGGCAUGAAGAGAAGUCGCUCUCCGGAAUAUCCCAUUCAGACCGGGACUAUUGCGGAUGACGAGAAGCCAAGGAAGCGCGGAAGACCCAUGAAGAACAGACCUAGCGGGAGCCUUGACGACUCCCAACACGGCCUCGCACCGAUGCAGACGCCCGUACCACUUCCCCAAGCAAUGCCGCCGCAAACCCCUCAAUCUCAGACGAUGCCUCUGCCCCUCCAGAGCCCCCAACAGUUUGCCCCGCCAGCUGCCACGCCGUCGCACGCUUCACCUCCGCCGCCACCCAAACCGACACCAAAGUCUACACUGAAAGCUCUGCCAACCGUGCGCGACCAUACGACUGACCAGCUAGUCCCCGGCGGCGAUGAAUACAUACCACGCGAGACAGAUGAGGCAGGGGAGAAGAAGGUCAUGCCAAAUGGUCAGCUAACCGGAGGUCGUGAAUACAAAUGCAGAACAUUCUUGGUCCCUAAUCGAGGAGACAAACUUUUCAUGCUCGCCACCGAGUGUGCGCGUGUUUUGGGGUACCGAGACUCGUAUCUUCUCUUUAACAAGAACAGGUCUCUGUACAAGAUUAUCGCGAGCCAAGUGGAGAAGGACGACUUGGUCAACCAGGAUGUCUUGCCAUUUUCAUACCGCUCCAGGCAGAUCGCCAUCGUCACGGCUCGUAGCAUGUUCCGGCAGUUUGGUAGCCGCGUCAUCAUGAACGGACGGAGAGUUCGCGAUGAUUACUGGGAGGGCAAAGCCAGGAAGCAAGGUUUCACAGAGGCGGAUCUGGCAGGCGAGAAGAGGCCAGGCGGAGGGAAAGUCAGGGAGGCCCAAGAAGCAGCCCAGGCAGCCCAGAAUGCAGCAUUAAUGGGGCCGCCGCAAGGAGAAAUUGUCUACAGCAACACAGGCCACUACGGCGGCGCGCCCCAGGCUCCUCUCAUUCAACCAGGUAUGAUUGGAGCCCCCGCCGGGUCCUCGACCAGAAUGCCUGUGAUAACACUAGGACCAGACUACACGGAUACCCGGAGCCGCGAUUAUUCCUCCAACGUACUCAAGGCCCCUCGCCAGGAAAUUACUGGCCCUCCGUACCAGGACAGGAUUCAGCCGUCGCCCAUUCCAGAGCUCCACGCUCAGGCUCACCACGCUGCCGACUUUAACCGUGGCAUCAACCAGCAGCGUGAGAUGCGAACCAACUACAUGCAAGAUGUGUAUCGCAGGCCUCAUGAGCAGCCGCCCUCCUUGACCAACGUCAUGAGCCAAUCCGUAGGGAGCUCUGAUACGUCUCUUCCCCCAACAAGCAGGGCAUCUCAUCAAAGCACUACAUCAGGACUACAGCAGCCACACCAAACCGCAUCCACGCACUCAAACCAAGGCAGUCUUGCUAGCCAAAGCCCUCAGCUUAUGAUGACGGCUGCGCCUUACUCCCAACCCCUGACCUCACAGUCUCAGAUACAGCCGCGACUAGGCUCCUCGGGCGGUUUGCAGUCUAGUGGACAGGCUUACAACUACCAACAGUCAAACAGCAGUUGGCCACAGACGCCACAAACCCCCCAGUAUAGCUACAGUCACCCUGGUCAGACGCAACAGUCGCCUCAUCAACAACAAUCCCAACAGACAUCAUCUUCGCAGCAGCAACUACGACAGCAGCCAUCAAACCAACAGAAUAACACCAUGCCCUACUCGGGCAUGCCAGGGAUGGCUCAAGGCUACACAACUGGGGCUAUGAAUCACGGACUGCCGUACGAUCAGACUCCUCGACAGUACAUGCAUCAGACACCUUCUGCAGCCCCAGCAGUCACACAGUCCUGGUCUAGCCAGCCCCAAGCAAGCUGGCAAGGGUGGGCUGGUCAGCCGCAGUGAUUAUGACUGGCUUGUCAAUACUCCGUAUUCGGAUACCCCUACCGAUCACUGUAGCCGUGCUCCAACGCAACCGAAACUGUACGCUACGCGGUAGGGUUUACAAAUUAUAGUUUAUAGAGCACACGGCUGGGCGUCGUUGUCUCUAUACCUACUUAGCUUGCGAGCUUAACCGAUCGAAACAAUGCAGGCCAACGACAGCACGCGUAUCUGUUGAUGCCUACAUUUGACGCCGAGUCUUGGCCAUCAAUCAAAUUGCGGCAAGAUUACUAUCAUCAACAUUUCUCUGUACUCCUUCGAUUGUCUACACCCGACUUAUUCUCUUUCCAAUAUUUCUUUGCUAAGUAUUCUGGCUUCUUUUCUGGAUAUUUAAUGCAUGGAUCUUUCUUUUUUGCAAAUAAAUGGCCUGCUUAUCCGGUUCAGCUGUUCAACGGACAGCUUGGGCAACAUUGCAUCACGUACCAGGACCUUUUUUUUCGUUGGGAAGGCUGAUCUGAUGUAUUGCCUAUGAAAUGAGAAUGCAAGAUUCAAAGAACAGUUGGGAUGGCUUCUGGACUUGUUUUCCUAUUGUGGUUUUCACUCUCACAGCUUUUUGGCCGACUCAUUUCUACAGCGGUCUUGGGUUCAGUACAGGACCUAUUCUUGUUUUUCUUUUCGAACUUUUGUGCUUUUCCUAUAUCAAUUUUGUAUUCCCCUCGAGCACUUGCUGUCGUUGAUUCAAAUUAUCUGCUUGUUUACUUGACUGAUACCGGGCAUUAUUCGGAGGAGUUCUUCGCUCUUGGGCACUCCAUUUUCUUUUUUGUUUACUUGUCUUUUUGUAUCGCUUUUAUACAGCUGUUAGUCGUUUCAGGAUACCUGUGCACCCUUGCUGAGGGAGGGUGGUGGCAUAUUUUUUUGUGUUUGUUGCGGUGAGUUGGGAUAGUUAUCUAGUGGUUUGGUAUUUUCUCGGUCUGGCCACAGGAAGGUAUACCGGUUGCAUACAGGUUUUCUUUUUUAUUUUAUUCUAGUAUUGAGCUCGUUUUGGUUUUCUAUAUCGUUUUGCGCGAGUUUAAUCGGUUAGCGGACCUUCGAGUCUGAUUGGAUAUAAGAUGGAACUUGGUACUGGCUGGCAAUUAGCAUCUGGACCGAUUCCGCAGUUUUGUUUUUGCCAUUCAAGUAUUAUGUUUUUAUCUUCUACUCCUUGGAUAUCCCAGAAUUAUAUUCUUUUUUUUCUUGCUCUAUUGGAAGUUCAAUCGCAAAUGAAUCCGCAUGUCUUUCUUUUUCUUUUGCUUUUGCUAUCUCUAUUGAGUAAUAUACAGAGACGCAUAGGGUAGAAGGCGCUGUUGGCUGGUGGUUCUCUUCUUGAGCCGGUGGCUGCGUUUCAAUUACAGGCU